CCUUUGUGUAGAACCCGGAAGAAGUGUCAGGCGUCUCGAGUCGGCCACGUGUUUGGUCGGAGUAAGCGGUGGGUUGCAGUUAGUUGAUUCAGGGACCUGUCAACUCAUUAUCAUCAAAGUUGUGAGGUGAGGCAGCAGCUUUGGUUAUUACUGAAACCGAGCAAAUCUAUACCUAUAGUGUUCAAAGGUUUUGAUUAACAUGAUUUGGGAAAUGUUUAUUUUUCUUCUUGUGUCCGUAGUGAGAACAAUACUGUAAAGACGAAAUCAUGGCAGUUCGGGCUUCCUUUGAAAAUAACAACGAAAUUGGAUGUUUCGCCAAGCUUACCAACACAUACUGCCUAGUAGCCAUUGGGGGGUCAGAGAACUUUUACAGGUAAAAAGAUAAACCUAUCGCUUAUUGAAAACAUGAGGAAUUUUGGGAAAUGCCUAUCUACCUCUAUAACACUUAUCACAAUAUUAUUGAAAGUUUGCUUAAUAUUAUAUUUCACUGUUCAGUUACAUGUUAAGUCGGCUGCCUAGUGCCUCCAUAAAUUAGUUACAGUGGUUUAAACUAGGAUCAUUACUCUGUUACUUAAUAAAAUUAUCACCUACAAGUAUAUAUAUAUAUAUAUAUAUAUAUAUAUAUAUAUAUAUAUAUAUAUAAUAUGUAUUUUUUUUCUUGCUUUUGUGUAAAUUUUUUUGGUCCUUUCCCAAGAAAAAAAUCACUAAACUCCAAUAUUCUUACAAAUUGAAUUUCAAAUUGCAGCAUUCAAGUUAAAACUGUCUAGCUGUAGCUAUAGUAAAGUUUGUGACUAUUCCAAUUAUGCUAUUGUGGCCUAAAUAUUGCCAUUUGGAUUUUAAUUAAUUACAAUUUGAAGUUUAGUGAAUAAAUUACAUGGUAAAGCUCUGACAAUACAAUAGUGAAUACAAAAUGAGAAUUUUAAGGAAAAUACAUGAAUUGUCACUUGGGUGUUUGAUACACCCAAGUGACAAUUCAUGUAUUUUCCUUAAAAUUCUCAUUUUGUAUUCACUAUUGUAUUGUCAGAGCUUUACCGUUCAACAAAGAAACAUACUCAAAAUUGUAGCUUUUGUGUUUAUAUAAAACAAAAUCCCAAUUAUCAUCGCACAAGAACACAAAAUAAAAAACAAAACUAUUUUAAGGACCGUUAUAGUGCCAGUAAAACAAACUCGUUUUUUUGGCAUUAUAGUGCCCUGAUGGUGCACCCACCCUCAGGGUCCCACUCCCGCUGGGCUGAAGGGGGUUAAAAUCUUACCUUUCUCCAGCGUCGGGCUCACUCGUCGCUGGGGACUCUCCUCCUCCUUCGGUUGUCAUCGGCUGAAUACGCAUUCGCGUCAAGAGCUGCGUGCGCAUUUGGCCAGUCCAUUGGAAAGCAUUCUCAAUGCUUUCGGAUGGACGGCAGCGUCUUCUCAAUGCUUUCGGAUGGACGGCAGCGUCUUCUCACUGUGAAAAUCACAGUGAGAAGCGCCUCUAGUGGCUGUCAGUGAGACAGCCACUAGAGGCUGGAUGAACCCAUUUGUAAACAUAGCAGUUUCUCUGCCCAUUGGAGUGGUCUGGGUGCCAACUCUCACUACCCUAUAAACUGCAAUAAUUACCUUGCAGGGUUAACUCCAGCUCUAGUGGCUGUCUACUAGACAGCCACUAGAGGGCACUUCCUGGUCGAUGGCACUGAAAACCUGUGCUAGACCAUCGCUGGACGUCCUCACGCUGUGUGAGGACCUCCAGCGUCGCUCAAUUCCCCAUUGGAAAACCUUGAAAAGCAUUUUCAAUGCUUUCCUAUGGAGAGCUCUAAUGCGCAUGCGCAGCAUUGCUGCCCAUUAGGUCUCCACGGGCAGGAUCAGUCUCGCCCACCGGCCAACGUAAUGAAGAGGAGGUGCGGUGGCGGCAACCCAAAGGUGGGAGGGAGUGGGGACCUGCAGUGCCAGGAAAAAGGAUUGUUUUCCUGGCACUGGAGUCCCUUUAAUCCUAGAUGGACCUAGCACCCAGACCACUUCUUUGAGCUGAAGUGGUCUGGGUGCUUAUAGUGGUCCUUUAACCCUUUCAGGACGAAGUCAAUAGUACACGUUCUGAUCAAAACAUGUAAACAAAAACUAGAAUUUGCUCUGUGGCGGAACCAACCUCGCCACUGUCCACUGGAGAGGCCUGGUUGCUCGCCUGCUCCCUUUAGACUAUGGUCCUGCAUUUUAAACUUUUAUUUUACCGUCCGAAAGGUUUAUUCAUGCCUUUCUGCGGACUGUUAAAGCCAUGCUACCCCAGAUAGCUAUGCCAUGGAGCCCAGCCGUAUACUGAAAGACUGUGUGAAAGACUUUGGCUCCAUGGCAAUUGAACUGUAUGUAUGUGAUCUGAACGCCAUUCGGUAGUAAUGUGCACUCAGAUCUAAGCUAUCUGGGGAUAUGUAGAAUGUCUAUGUUUUAUGGAAUAAAUGUAAAUGUAUGUAAUUUUAUGUCUUUUAUUGUCCUUUGUCUGCCAUGUGGUUAAUGGGGUUUUGCCUCUGUCCUUGGAGAUAAUUUGAUUACUUCACAAUUAUCUCCAGGAAAGAGAGGAGGGAUUGUGAUGUAAUUGUGGGUGUGUUUUACGGUUCCCCUGUAACGAUUGGUUAUACUGUGUCCCACCCUUGCAUGGGGACUUGCAUUAAAGCCAGUGUGUGGCCAUUACAGAGAGUUCCUGCUUAACCCUCAAAGUGAAGUGUCGUCUCAUUAUUGGGGGAGGAUUUAUUGUAUGCUGUUCCAGUUUGACUGCUAGGAGUGUAAACCUAUUCGCAUGGUUUUUCCUAUUCGGCUGUUUCCAGUAUUAGUGUGUUUGCAGCUCGGGAGAGUGGUGAUUGCAGUAGCUGUCUGUGCAUCUGAAAAGGGGGCAUAUCGCCUAAACGAGUUUUAACCUCUUGUGGGCAAAACGGUCCGUUACAUGCUCUAAAUGUCUGUUCAACCGUAAUUCACCUCUUUCAUAUUAAGUGCACCCAAACUUAUUAUAUAUCAUUUUGUUCAGGAGAAACAGGGCUUUAAUUUCUCAUGUACUAUUAAUAUGUGAAACAUAACUUAUGAAUAAAAUAAAAAAAACUGUGAGAAAUUAAAGGAACACUAUAGGCACCCAGACCACUGUGAUUUUCACAGUGAGAAGAUGCCAGCGUCCAUAGGAAAGCAUUGAGAAUGCUUUCCUAUUAACUGAAUGCGCGCGCAUGCGCAUUCAGACGAUGACUGGGAAAGGAGGAGAGUCCCCAAUCGCCGAGGGAACCCGGCGGGGGGAAAAAGCUAAGAUUUAACCUGUAGCGGAGCGGCAGUAUUCCACAAAUUCCGCUGGUUCAGAAAGUAAUCCACAGUCAAGCGCUGAAUGUACCGUUAAGUGGAUUAUCCCUCCGUGCAGCAGAACCGGCAAUUUCCUUAAAAUGUACAGUUCUUCGACUAUUUGGUCUAUUUGCACGAAUGGACGUUCGGUAGAUAGCUGGGGUCGGAGCGCAUCAUUCGUGAGAUUACCGCUCAGAUAAAAUAACCGAACGCCGCACGAAAAACACAUUAAAACACACAUUCAAAAGACCGAUUUGAAGUAUAGGGAAUACAAUACCGAACGGCCUGGAAGCUCAGCAAUGUUCACGCCGUCGAGUAGCCGUUUUUAGUACCACGCGCUCGACGACCAAACACCGCUGAGGGAACAAAGGAUCCAAGAUGGCCGACCGCCGCAUGGUCGGUAGUCGAACGGCGGCCAUCUAGGAGAGCCUCUAAUUACCGAUUGCAACAUUGUUGCAAUCGGUUAACAAGUGCCACACGUCUCUAAGUGUGUGGGCUAUUACAUGGUGGUUAUUUCGGUUCACGAACGGCCCGCAAAGGUGCCGUUCGUGAAACGAAAUGAAAUACAGCUAUCUGCGUUUGGCAGAUAGCCAAUACAGGAAAUACAAGGUAAUUACAGCCAGCAUACAUUAUACUUAGUCACACACACAUCCCACAACCAUACAGGCAACCCUUAAAGGUACAGUCUCUUUAUAUUGUCCAAGUGGCUAGGUUUCCACCUCCUAGAGCAUGAUGGGAGGGGGGCCCUGAUGGUGGGGUGGGCCUAGAGACCCUAUAGUGCCAGGAAAACGAGUGUUUUCUUGGCACUAUAGUGGUCCUUUAACCCCUUAAGGACCAAACUUCUGGAAUAAAAGGGAAUCAUGACAUGUCAUGUGUCCUUAAGGAGUUAAAGGACCACUAUAGUGUCAGGAAAACACUUUUUUUCCUUGGAACUAUAGGGUCUUUGGGUCCCCCCCUCCCGCCGGGCUGAAGGGGGAGGAAGGGGAUACAUUCUUACCUGGACUCUCCUCCCCCUUCCGACAUCAUCCGCUGAAUGCGUAAGCACGCAGAUUCAGUCAGUCCAUAGGAAAGCAUUUCUCAAUGCUUUCCUAUGGACGCUGGUGUCUUCUUACUGUGAAAAUCAAAGUGAGAAGUGCGGAAGCGCCUCUAGCGGCUGUCAAUGAGACAGACACUAGAGGCUGGAUUAACCCUAUGUAAAUGUCAUAAUACUGCAAUAAAAUGCACAGCUUUGUAUUCAGCAAAGCCUCACGAGUACAACAGUACCCCCAUUAACAGAUUUUACAAUGGAAAGUCACAUGGUCAAAUAUAGCAAUUCCAUUUUCCAUUUUAUUCACAUUAAAAUUUGCCAGAUUAGUAAUGUUACUUUUUAUGACCGUGUGGUAGCCCAGGAAUGAGAACUAUCCCCAUGAUGGCAUACCAUUUGCAAAAGUAUACAACCCAAGGUAUUGCAAGUGGGGUAUGUCUUUUAUGGUAGCCACUUAGUCACAAACACUGGUCAAAGUUAGCGUUCAUAUUUGGUUUUGUGUGGAAAAAGCAAGAAAACAAAUAUUUGGCCAGUUUUGGGACUAAGUGGCUAUUAAAAAGGACUGGACAACACCCCAUUUGCAAUACCUUGGGUUGUCUACUUUUGCAAAUGGUAUGCCAUCAUGUGGGUAAUUCUCAUUCCUGGGCUACCAUACGGUCUCAAAGGCAACAUUACCAAACUGGCACAUUUCAAUGUGGGGAAAAAAAAUGAAAUGCAACCGUAUAUUUGAGACUCUAACUUUCCCAAACACAAUAAAACCUGUACAUGGGGGGUACUGUUAUACUUGGGAGUCUUCACUGAACACAAAUAUUAGUGUUUCAAAACAGUAAAACAUAUUAUAACAAUAUUGUCAGUAAAAGUGCAGUUCGAAAAAUGCAAAAAACUACACUUUUAAUGAAAAUAUCAUCGUUGAAAUACAAUUUAUCAUUUUGAAACACUAAUAUUUGUGAUCAAAGUAUAUUGAGUAAAACAGUACCCCCCAUGUACAGGUUUUAUGGUGUCUUGGAAAGUUACAGGGUUCUCUCGAUAUCUCUCUCUCUCUCUCGAUAUCUCUCUCGAUAUCUCUCUCUCUCUCUCGAUAUCUCUCUCUCUCUCGAUAUCUCUCUCUCUCUCGAUAUAUCUCUCUCUCUCGAUAUCUCUCUCUCUCUCGAUAUCUCUCUCUCUCUCGAUAUCUCUCUCUCUCUCGAUAUCUCUCUCUCUCUCUCGAUAUCUCUCUCUCUCUCUCGAUAUCUCUCUCUCUCUCUCGAUAUCUCUCUCUCUCUCGAUCUCUCUCUCUCGAUCUCUCUCUCUCGAUCUCUCUCUCUCUCUCUCUCUCUCUCUCUCGAUAUCUCUACCGAUAUCUCUCUCUCUCUCUCUCGUGCUCUCUCUCUCUCUCGAUAUCUCUCUCUCUCUCUGCGAUGCUCCUAUACCGAUAUCUCUCUCUCUCUUUCUGCGAUAUCUACUACUCUCUCAGUAUCUCUCUCUCUCUCUCUCGAUCUCUCUCUCUCGAUAUAUCUCUCUCUCUCUCUCUCGAUAUAUCUCUCUCUCUCUCUCUCUCUCUCCUCGAUAUAUCUCUCUCUCUCUCUCUCUCGAUAUAUCUCUCUCUCUCUCUCUCUCGAUAUAUCUCUCUCUCUCUCUCUCGGUCUCGAUAUCUCUCUCUCGAUCUCGAUAUAUGUAUGUAAUUAUAUGUAUGUAAUUUCAUUCUGUUUUUUAUUUUUAUAUAUUUAAUUUUAUUAUUGUAAUUGUGUAUAUAUAAUAUAUAUCUUCAUUCUAAGUGUAUUUUAAUACUAUAUGUAAUUAUAUUAACAUUAAAAUACACUACGUAUGACAUUACGUGUGUGUGUGUAUAUAUAUGUGUGUGUAUGUGUGUAUGUAUAUAUAUGUAUAUGUGUGUGUGUGUGUAUAUAUAUAUGUAUAUGUGUAUAUAUAUAUAUAUGUAUAUAUAUGUGUGUGUGUGUGUGUGUGUAUAUAUGUAUAUAUAUAUGUAUAUAUAUAUAUCUCUCUCUCGAUAUCAUUUUAAUUUAUUUUUAACAUGUCAUUAUUUUCUUAUACUACCCACCAGCAGGGGGAAUGUCUGACAGCCCAGACAAUCCCCUUGCUGUCAGAUCCACAGCCAGCUAUAGGGGGCCAUGUGAGCUCUCUUUGAGAGUGAUCGCAUGGCUCUUGGGGGGCCUGAUUUGCCGGGGGAGGGCUGUCUGGGACAUCAGGCAGUCCUCCCGAAGCUGAUCGCCGGGAAGGUGAGUAUAAGGAGGCUCCUGGGGUAGAAAGCAGUUAUGGCCUUCUAUGCCGCCGCAAAGGCUUUAAAGCCCAUUAUAAUGGGGACGGCAUAGAAUGCCGUAACAGCGUUAAGGGGUUUAAAGGGACACUAUAGUCACCAGAACUACAGCUUAUUGAAUUUGUUCUGGUGAGUGGAAUCAUUACCUUCAGGCUUUUUGCUGUAAACACUUUCUUUUCAGAAAAAAAGCAGUGUUUGCCCCUGAUCUUUUGAGUUUAACAGCAUGCAGAGUUACAGCUUCAGGCUUGAAUACAGUAAGAUUUUUACUAUAUUUAUGGAGGCAAGGGGGACUAGAUGGUGGUUUUAACACUAUAGGGUCAGGAAUACAUGUUUGUGUUACUGACCCUAUAGUGAUCCUUUAAGUCAGAGAACUUUGUAAUGACAUGAUAGGUUUCAACCAGAACAGAUUGCAAUUAUUUUAAAGGGAUACUGUAGUGCCAGGAAUACUGUAGCUCCCAACCCCUGCCAUUUUUCCAAGAACUUAACUUAUCUUGCAAGAAACUAUUAAAAAAAAAUAAAAAAAAUUUAUACAGCACUGAAGGACGGCACCUGGGGACUCCAGAAACUAUAACCACUACAACACAAUUACUACUAUAUUUGUAAUAGUGGUAAUAAUUUGCUAUGUGCAGUUUUGUUUAAAAAAAAAGAAAAAAAUAUGGUAUUCAUGUAGCUUAUUGUUUUCGCUGGUAUUUCAUAUGUGUUUUCAUUUUGUAGUGUUAACUAUUUCAGAUGUGGCGUUCUCAUUUUAAUUCUAAGUAUCUGCCUUUUUAGUGUGUUUGAAGGUGAACUUUCUGAAACCAUACCAGUAGUCCAUGCCUCAAUUGCCGGGUGCAGAAUUAUUGGGAGGAUGUGUGUUGGUGAGUUCUCUUAACUAGCAUUUAAACCACAUCGUAUUUCUGUUGCUCGCUAAUAUGUGUUUUGUAUAAGUGAUUAUAAUGUAUUGUCAAUUCAGCAUUGAUAAAUACACCACACCAAAAUCCCUCUUUUGUAUUUUUCUCUCAUCUAGGAAUCCACUUCUGUUUUUGGAGCUGCAUGGGGUAACCCUUGAAGUGCUGCGUAAAAUUGCUUCCACUAGCUUGCUAAACUAGAGAUAAGCUCAUUAUCAAAUAUUUUGAAGCAGCUUUGUCACUUUCUGAGUAUUGGAUCAAUAAGUGAUCAUCUCAUGUUGAGUGGGUUGACAUUUUCAUUGAAAUUCCAACACAAUCAAAAGAAAAUUGAAGACAAAGUAGACACUACUUUGUCUUCUAAUAAAACCCAGGGUUGACAAAAUGGGCUUCUGUUGUUGACUUUUCUCGAUACUCAGAGCCCACACAAUUUGUAAAAAAUAUUUUUAAUUUAAAAUUGUGGUUUGGCAAAUUACUUUUGUAAUAAUGCCUCUUUAUUCUAGGUAAUCGCAAUGGCCUGUUAGUUCCUAAUAAUACAACUGAUCAAGAGCUUCAACAUAUUAGAAACAGUCUGCCAGACUCUGUACGAAUCCAGAGAGUGGAGGAGCGUCUAUCUGCCUUAGGAAAUGUCAUAGUGUGCAAUGACUACGUCGCCCUUGUUCACCCAGAUCUCGACAGGGUACUGUAUAUCUUUUGUUUGUAAGACUCUCAAAGAUAGUGCUGUGCAUAAAGUUUCCACCUUCUUAAUAAACUGUUGACUGUAGGUGUUUAACAAACCUGAUUGGGAUGUCUCCCUCAAGAAUGCGUUAGAUGUUUUUGUCAAGUGCUUCUUAAAGUAAAUGAGAGAGAGAACCAUAUAUAAAAUUGUGUAGUAUACCCAUAUUCAUAUUCCAAGUAUACAAUUCCCACUUUAUUUUAUAAAGUAUAUAUAACACAUUAAUAUAGAGAGGCAACAUUUGGCACUACAUUUCCUGUGAUGUUCUUACUGCCAUAAUGCUGGCAAAGCAUCAGGGGAGAUAUCAUCCUCAACAUCCACGGUGUUGAAGGUUGCCUAACACUGCUAUAGUAUUGGGAAUAAAAACUUGUCUUAUUAACACAAUAGUGUCAUAGUUGCCCCGUCUUUCUCCUUCCUUUUGCAGUAAAUAUGUAAAAAAAAAAAAAAAAAAAAGGUUUCUAAUGAACCUUUUCUAGCACUGAGAGUCUCUUGGCACUACUGAACACCGUCUCUUGUGACAUCAUCAAUGCCAAUGAAAUGGUCAUCAGAGAGGAACAUUGGGACCUGAUGCUUCUCAUAGGAAAGUAUUGAAUCAAUGCUUUCAUAUGAGCUGCAAUAUCACAUAACAGCAUUUUAGCAGCCACUAAAAGCGUGUUCAGGUUUUUGUUUCUGCAGGGUUAAAACUACAGGAACAGUGCCCCAAGAUUACAUCAUUGAUAUGAAGUGGUCUUGGUGACUUCAGUUAUCCUUUUUCCAAUGGCUUUUGGUUUUAAAUUUUAAGGAACACUAAAGUCACCCAGACCACUUCAGCUCAAUGAAGUGGUCUGGGUGUCAGGUCCCUCAGGUUUUAACCCUUCACAUGUAAACAUAAAAGUUUCAGAGAAACUGCUAUGUUUACAUUUGGGGUUAAUUCAGCCUCUAGUGGCUGUCUUCCGGACAGCUACUAGAGGCGCAUCUGCGACGCAGGAGGCGAAUUUCGCCUCUAUCGUGCAGAGCGUCCAUAGGAAAGCAUUGAGAAAUGCUUUCCUAUGGACACUUGGAAUGCACGCGCGGCCCUUGCCGCACAUGCGCAUUCGGCUGACGUCAGACGGGGAGGAGAGGUCACCAGCGUCGAGGGAGCCCGGCGCUGGGUUAAUGUAAGUGGCUAAAUGGGUUUUAACCCCUUCAGCGCCACGGGAGGGGGACCCUGAGGGUGGGGGCGCACCCUCAAGGCACUAUAGUGUCAGGAAAACAGCUUUGUUUUCCUGACACUAUAGUGAUACUUUAAUAUUUUUUUUCUUAAUAGGUUUUGUGUCAUUAAUUAUAGCACACCAUCACAUGUUAUUUGCAUUGCAUACAUUCGUCCACUUGCAAAUGUUUCAACUUUAAAACACUCAAGCAUUAAACAUUAAUAUUUUUAACCAUAAUGUUUCUCUUUUUUUACUGAACCCUUUUUGUUAUAAAAAACCAAAAACAUUCAACAUCUUUUGACAUUUGCAAAUUGAAGGUCUUUGAGGAAGUAAGAACCACUAGAUGCGUGUUCUUGGUAAAAUGUAAAUAUUUCCUUUCUGCAAUUCUUUUUUUCUUAUUAACCUGUAAUAUAUUGCAGGAAACAGAAGAGAUCUUGGCAGAUGUCCUUAAAGUGGAAGUAUUUAGACAAACGGUAGCUGAACAGGUUCUCGUUGGAAGUUACUGUGCAAUCAGUAAUCAAGGUGGUUUAGUACAUCCUAAGACCUCUAUUGAAGAUCAGGAUGAGUUAUCUUCUCUUCUACAAGUUCCCUUAGUGGUAAGAUUUGUGUAAGAUGGUUGUAAAUUUGCAAAACAUGUCUUUCACAAUGUGAGAAUGGCUGAUUUACUUUUAUGUAGGUGCACAGUAUUCUGAUUUGCUGUAAAAUAUCUUGGAAAAUUUCCUGAACACCAGGUCUGUCAAAUGGCAUAUGGACAGUCAGGAAAUCUACCAUAAAACACAUUUUCAGCUAUUGAUAUGCUAUACCAUUUUAUAGUUGUAAUAUUCAAUGGAAAGUGACACCAAUAACGUUAGUCAUGCACUUUAAUAUCUAAUUUGUGUCUAAAGUCCUUUAAGAGAUCCAUCUCUACAUAUCUCAAAACAUCAUGCACCUGUCAUGGUUGAUUAUAUAUUUCCUACCUGUUCUACCAUGUUAACCCCUUAAGGACAGAUGACGGAAAUAUUCCAUCAUGAUUCCCUUUUAUUCCAGAAGUUGUGUCCUUAAGGGGUUAAACUUUGUAUACAAUGUGUAUUGUUUUUGUAUUCUAAUGUAUCAAUGCAAUGUUUUGUGGACCCAGGACAUACUUGAAAACGAGAGAAAUCUCAAUGUGUCCUUCCUGGUAAAAUAUUUUAUAUAUAAAAAAAAUGUAUAAAUAAAACUUAGAGGUAGUCUUGACACUGUAGCCUCUAGAGUCCAUUCUAGUGGUUAUGGUGCCAUGAGUUUCCUGGUGCUGUCUCACGUUUAGUAGUCAAACCGUGCUCAAAUGACUUGGCAAAUGGUUUUUUGUUUUUUUUGUUUUUGUUUUGUUUUUCUGAGUGCCUACAUUGUGGGCUCAAUUUCUGAAUCUGCUAAUGCAGAAGUUCCUACCACCAUAUUAUUAAUUCCACCCAUGUUUAGAUGUAUUAUUUGCCUGAGUCGUCCGAUGCUCUCUGCAUUAGCAAAAUCAGAAAUGGAGGCUUGUACAAAUAGGAUCUAAAUGGAUAGAUCUUUCACUCAAGGUGAAUGUCUGAUCUAGAUAUCUCAGAAAGGAAGCACCCAAGGGCUACAUUUUUAAGAUUAUUGGACUACUGUGGGGCAGUGCAGGAAUGUUUUUACUACUACAUUUCUACUUGUAACGAAGCAAAGGCAGAGAAUUGUCUUUUUGAAAUCCCUUCCAACUGUAAGCUACACAUAAAAAUAUAUACAAAUUCAAGAGCCAACUGGAAGAGAAGACCUGGUGCAGGCUUUUAAACUCUUAAGGACAAAACUACUGGAAUAAAAUGGAAUCAUGACAUGUCAUGUGUCCUUAAGGGGUUAAAUAAUGCCACAGGAUUGCGCAUGAAAGUACCAAUCUCUUAUCGCAGAGUAGGCAAUCUUGGGAGCUCCAGAUGUUGUGGACUACAUUUCCCUUAUUGCUCUUAGUCAUACUGCUGUCAAAACAUCAGGGGAGAUGUAGUCCAUGGUGCCUACCCAUAUCUGUCAAAAUGUGUAUAUACCUUCAAACUGCAAAACACAACUAAAAUGACUUUCUCCCUCCCCUCCCCCCCCUCCAGGCUGGAACUGUAAACCGCGGCAGUGAAGUGAUUGCAGCUGGAAUGGUUGUUAAUGAUUGGUGUGCUUUUUGUGGCCUGGAUACAACAAGCACAGAACUCUCUGUAAUAGAAAGUGUGUUCAAACUAAAUGAUGCACAGCCUAGUACCAUUGCUACAAACAUGAGAGAUUCUCUUAUUGACAGGUGCUGUAAAAUGUUUAACUGUUACAUUAAUAACAAAUAUGUAUUGAUGAGCUGUGAACAUUAAAUGUAGAAAUCCAGAACUCUUUCCACAAAUAGUAAUCUCAUUCUUAGCGCUCAUGUCAGUCAUUUUACGUUCUGUCCUUUACACCAGGCAGUGAGCAUAGAAAAAGCAUUCAGAGAAGAGAAUACAUUUAACAGUGUUUUCUCCUCAUUUACAGUGGAACGCUUUACCUAACCUGGAUUAUGAUAUAAUUUGCUAAAUCACUAAUACAAAUUUAAAGGAAAACCGAUCUCAUGGAAUAAAGAAAAAAAAUGAGUGAAUCUAAUGUUUAUUCAGCGAUGUAAUUUCCAGAGAAAUUACAGUUAGCCUUUAAUAGUUUGCCAAUAGAUUAGUACCACUAUCAGAUCUAAUGCAAGUUAUAGCUCACUGGUGACAUGAUGCCUAAACCAAAUGCAAUAUAUAUUUGUAUUAAAAAUAUUAUAUGCAAUAAAGUAACAUUUGCGACUUUAGUGCAAAUUAUGCUGCGUAGCACCUGUAGUAAGUUGUUGUUGUUAAAUGGUCAUUUUUAAGCAUUAUUGCAGCUUUGUAUUCUCUCUCCUCCCCCUCCCUAUGAUAAGGCAGCUCUAAGCUAAGCUCCAGGGUUGCUUCUGUUAAUUUUCUAUACCUUGUGGGUGCUCCCACUGAUCUUUCUCAUUGGUAGAGAGACAGAGCAGAGCUGCAGACUGCAGCUCUGCCAGUAUCUGGUUUUAGCCUGGUUUCCUAAACAGUGAACCCAUGGACUGUGUGUAAACUGAUAGCCGCCAUAUUAUGCCUGUUAUCCAUUUACAAAGCAGUCGUGUAUUUUCUUUAUUUUUUUAGUAUUUGUUUUUCUGCACAACAGAUAAUGUUACUACUUGUAGCUAAACUAAGACUUGAACUGAAUAAUUCUAAAUCUCCCUUUUCUGUUUUAUUUCAGCUUAACAUAAAAAGUCAGUAACGGGAGACAAUUGCAAACUGGUGCAUCUUUAUGGCUGAAAUGAACAUCUUCGGAAAUAAAUGUCUCUUUUUAUCAAAACUAUACACUGACUGUGUGGCUGUUUAGCUUAUGCAAAAAUAGUGUAUAUAUAAAAUCUAAAUGUAACGAUUACAUCUGAUAAUUGCAUUAGUCAGAAAGAGAUUUUCUAGUCAGUAUAUUAUGUGUUGCACUUUACACAUGCUCUGCUUUACUACAUAAAAUAAUAAAUGCAUUUUUAUAACUUCAAAGUGUGUUUAGUGGGCUUGUUGCGUCGGUUGAUAAGCAAUUGUCUCAAACUGUAUUUUUCACCAAGGGUGCCGUUUUGAUGUGUGAAACUCUGGCGCUUAAUGAAUAUAAAUGAUUUUAUUAUCAAUAGCAGCUGUAGCACUCUAUGGGCUCUCCUAUUUUCCUAGAAAAAGAAACUGUAAAGAAACAACGUGCUUAACCCCUUCGCGACCGUGGACUGUUCAGGACAGUCAUCGGUAUUUUACCGUUGGCGACCGGUGACGUUAAUAUGUGCUUACCAGAGCGCCGGUGGUGCUCCCGGUGUGGGGAGACUACCUGCAGCCCAGGCAGUCUCCCCGCAGCGAAUUAAAGCGGUCACAUGGUCACAAUAGGUGUCCUAGUGUCUGCCUGCAGGGGGACUGUCUGUGCUGACAGGCAGUCUCCCUGCAUGUGUAAAAUAAAAAUGUUAAAAAAUAUUUUGAGAGAGAGAGAUAUAUCUAUAUCUUUAUAGAGA